AUGCCCUUGGCGACUGGCCACUCUUUCCUGUCCCCCUCCCCCCACUUUUUCUUUUUAUUCUAUCUAUCUAUCUAUCUAUCUAUCUAUCUAUCUAUCUAUCUAUCUAUCUAUCUAUCUAAAUCAGUUUAUCUAACUCACUCUGCAUUCUUAUUUCAUUCUCUCACUCUAACUGUCUGUCUAUCUAUCUUCCUCAUUCUGCACACCUAUCGCAUUCACUUUCAUAAAUGUUUAUCUAUCUAUCUAUCUAUCUAUCUAUCUAUCUAUCUAUCUGUCACAUUCUUUUCAUAUCUAUCUAUCUAUCUAUUUUUUCAUAUCUAUCACAUUCUUUUCAUUUCUAUCUCUCUAUCUCAGUCUGUUUAUAUCUAUUAUAUUUUUUUCAUAUCUAUCUAUCUAUCUAUCUAUCUAUCUAUCUAUCUAUCUAUCUAUCUAUCUAUCUAUCUAUCUAUCACAAUCUUUUCAUAUCUAUGUAACUAUCGAUCUAUGUAUUACAUUCUUUUCAUAUCUAUCUAUCUAUCUAUCACAUUCUUUUCAUUUUCUCUCUCUCUCUCUCUAUCUCGCAUUCAUUUCAUAUCUAUCUAUCUAUCUAUCUAUCUAUCUAUCUAUCUAUCUAUCUAUCAAUCAUAUUCUUUUCAUUUUCUCUCUCUCUCUCUCUCUCUAUAUAUAUAUAUAUAUAUAUAUCGCAUUCAUUUCAUAUCUAUCUAUCUAUCAUAUUCUUUUCAUUUUCUCUCUCUCUCUCUCUCUCUAUAUAUAUAUAUAUAUAUAUAUAUAUAUAUCGCAUUCAUUUCAUAUCUAUCUAUCUAUCUAUCUAUCUAUCUAUCUAUCUAUCACAAUCUUUUCAUAUCUAUCUAUGUAACUAUCGAUCUAUGUAUUACAUUCUUUUCAUAUUUAUCUAUGUAUCACAUUCUUUUCAUUUUCUCUCUCUCUCUCUAUCUCGCAUUCAUUUCAUAUCUAUCUAUCUAUCUAUCUAUCUAUCUAUCUAUCUAUCUAUCUAUCUAUCAUAUUCUUUUCAUUUUCUCUCUCUCUCUCUCUAUAUAUAUAUAUAUAUAUAUCUCGCAUUCAUUUCAUAUCUAUCUAUCUAUCAUAUUCUUUUCAUUUUCUCUCUCUCUCUCUCUCUCUCUAUAUAUAUAUAUAUAUAUAUAUAUAUAUAUAUAUAUAUAUCGCAUUCAUUUCAUAUCUAUCUAUCUAUCUAUCUAUCUAUCUAUCUAUCUAUCUAUCUAUCUAUCUCACAUUCUAGUCUCCUGUGGGGUGAAAUAUCUAUUCAAUUCGGAUAAUUUGAAUUUCAACGUAAUCUAUCUAUCUAUCUAUCUAUCUAUCUAUCUAUCUAUCUAUACCAGAGAAUUCAGGAUAAAAUUUCUUCUCUCUGUGUUUCUCGCCCUCUCUUUCCAUCUUUUUCUCUAUCGCUUCAACUUUCUUUCUCACUUUUUCUCAUUAACUCAUUUUCUUUUUACCUCUUUUCCUACACCUUGUGACCCCCUUUUUCUCUUUCACUCUUUUUAUCCCUUUCUCCUUUUUACUUUACUCUCUGUUUAUCUAUAUCUCCCUCUCUCUCCAUCUCUCUUUAUCUUCACGUUCUUCUCUUUUCAUUCAUUCUCUUUCUCUCUCUUCCUCAUUCUUUUCUCUUUCUCUUUUUUUCCCUUUUUCCAUUAUCUUUCUCUCUUUCUCUCAUCUCCUUUAUCUCGUUUCUCUCUUUCUCUCUUUUUCUCCCUCUUUCUCAUUAUCUUUCACUUUCUCACUCUCUCUUUCUCAUUCAUUCUCUUUUUACCUCUCUUCUUCUAUCUCGUUUCCUCUCUUUCUCUCUUUUUUCCUCUCUCCCCAUCUCUUUUUUCUCCUCUUACUCGUUUCUCUCUUUUCUCUUUUUUCUUUCACUUUCUCUCACUUUCUCACUCUCUCUUUCUCAUUCAUUCCCUCUCUUUUUACCUCUCUUCCUCUUACUCGUUUCCUCUCUUUCUCUCUUUUUUCCCUCUCUCCCCAUCUCUUUCUCAUUAUCUUUCACUUUCUCACUCUCUCUUUCUCAUUCAUUCCCUCUCUUUUACCUCUCUUCCUCUUUCUCACCUCUCUUUCUCAUUUUCCUCUCUUUUACCUCUCUCCUUUUUCUCUCUUUCCUUUAUCCCUCUCUCCCCAUCUCUUUCUCAUUAUCUUUCACUUUCUCACUCUCUCUUUCUCAUUCAUUCCCUCUCUUUUUACCCCUCUUCCUCUUACUCGUUCUCUCGCUUUUUCUUUUUUUCUCCGUCUCUUUUCAUUUCGUUCUGUAUCUCUUUCUUUCUUUCUUUCUUUCUUUCUUUCUAA